AUGAGUUACAAAUAUCUGCGUCAGAGGCUGUCAUACAGUGAUAACCAACGGCCUCGAUCUGAUCAUCUGCCCCUCAGAAAGUUACAUAGAAAAUGUCCAGAGUCACAGAGGGAUGAAAAUUUUCCGAGGCUUUCCAGAGCGCAAAAUUCCACCGAGUUCUUGAACGCUAAUUUUUCGGAUGAUGACAGUGACGACAAUAGCGACUCUUUUCAGAAAGAGGUGGCGGAAAGAACAAAGAUUUAUUUAGUCGUAAAACAAGAAGCAGAGAUCGAGGUCACUCUUGAUAGAAUUAUCAAGAAGAAAGGCAGUAUUGACCAGGCAUUACUGUACAUAGUAUCAGAAUUAGACCCAGAAAAUAAAGUACAAAUGCUAAUGAAUAGCUUACUACACCGUGGUGCUAACACCUCUGCUAGCAACGAGGAUUUGUGGACACCAUUACAUUAUGCUGUCAAGAAAAACUAUAAAGGUGUCUGUUCUAAACUAUUGGAGCACGAGGCCUGGCCAGAUGCCCGUGAUAAAAAGGGGGUAAUGCCCUAUACCCUUGCCUUCGAUGCCGGAAAUGACGACAUUGCCGCCAUGCUCAUUACAUACAUGAGCAAUGAAUUUGUCCGUAAAAUAUAUACCAGUAACGGGAAUGAGUCUGCAGAAUUUAGUUUUCAUACUCUCCUGAACAAAAAUAUGGAGAACACAGUCAUGGCCAUUUUGGAUUGCAUGAUAGACCCAGUCAGUCCUAGUGGUGAUGUAUGUGUGUAUUACAAUGUCCUAGAGGCAGAUGAGAAUGGACGAGUUCCGAAGGAUUCAAAUUUCAAUCCUCGUUCAAAAUCUGGUCUUCAAAUCAUAGCAAAGAGUGGGAAUAAAACUAUAGUGUACCAUGAUGUUGUUCGUUUACUCAUACGAAGGAAGUGGAAAGAAUAUGCUAGACUCCGAUUUUUAAUUAACUCGAUGUUCUACGUAUUUUCCCUAGUAACCAUUACAUUUUCCGCCAUUGUUGCCAGUUCUGCACCUGAUCCAUCAGUUUAUGACCUUUCACCUCUACAAAUUGCGCGCGCAGUCUGUGAAGUAUGGUCGCUUGGAAUGGCCAUUCUUACUCUUUUCUCGGAAUUGAAUCAACUCCGGAAACAUCGUUUGGAAUAUUGGCAGGACGCUUUUAACUAUAUCGAUCUUUCCUCGUCCAUUUUGAUAAUUCUGAUAUUACCACUACGAUUCACCCAAAUGUCAGAGCAAUGGUUCGUGUUCUCAGCUGCCUAUCUUCUGUGGACUAUGAGAAUUUUUAAAUAUGCUGCUGUUUUUAGACAAACGGGAGCAUAUGUCCAGAUUUUAUGGAGAAUUCUUAUUCACGAUAUUUUCCAAUUCACCACAUUCUUCCUCUUCAUUCUGUUGGCCUUCAGUGGUUGUCUUCUGUUGUCUCUUCGAGGGGAAGGGUCAUUAAAACAGUUUCAUGAGAGCAGUUCCUUUUGGGAUAUUCUAUUUCUUGGUGGUAGGAUCCUGAUAGAGUCUGAGCGUAUUGUAGAAUAUACAGAACUCCAGACUACGAGUCUUAUCAUUAUGGCAGUAUUUUUGUUUACAAUCUGCGUCCUUCUACUGAACAUUCUGAUAGCUCAGCUCAGUGACACUUACCAAAAUGUCCAACAGGACGCUCAGAGGGGGUUAGAGGUCAACCGAGCCUGGAUUGUAGCCAGGGUCGAACUAAAUAGUCUUCUGUUUGGAAAGGGUCAUCGAAUAUCACACUACAAAGAAAGUGAAAACAUUGAUGAUAUUAAAGAUGUGUUAGAAAAAUGGGAAAGUCCUCCAUUGAACGAAAUCAACAAGUGUAUUCAACAUAUAUCGGAUGAUCUCGAUUCUCACAAAAUGAAUCUUUUGACGAUUAAGAAAACAGUGGCAAGACAAGAAGUGACCUUGUCUACAAUCCAAAUCAGUCUGGAUAAACUUUUAGAACUGGAGAAAAGGAGACAAAGACAAACCUUGAGACGUUCAAUAACUGUAUAA